AUGAAGCCGAUAUGCCCGCCUCCAGGUGGGAAUCUCAACUAUGCCUUUGCUGUGCGAGAUGCUUCCGGCAAAGGCGUCUUCGUCAAGCAAGCGCCGGACUACAUCAAGGUGCUAGGGCCGGAUGCGGCGCUCACGCGGGAGCGCAUGCGGCUGGAGGUACAGGUCUAUUCGGAGUGGACGCGGAGUCCCGGUGCCGCUGCGUACUUCCCGCGGGUGUGGAAGUUCGAUGAAGACUCCAUGGCCUUUAUCAUGGAGCUUUUGGACAGCCACGAGCUUCUUCAGAAACACCUGUUCCAGGGCCAUGUUCAAGUGGCUGCGGCGAGGUCUUUGGGCGAUUGCAUGGCGCAGAUGCACAGCAGGACUCACUGCUCCAAGAUUUCUGCCGAAGAGAGCCAGCGCCUCUCCAAAGCCUACGAGAACCGCUUGAUGCGCGACAUUCAGCUGGAGUUUGUUUUCUCCAAGUGCUACCGAGAAGAUGCACGAGCUGAGCACCUGCGCAGCGAUGAAUCUUUCAUGUCGCUCCUGGAAGCGGUCAAGGAAAUCUACAAUGGGCAGAACACCAGCAACUUGGCCGUUUGUCAUGGCGACCUUCAUGCGGGGAGCGUGAUGGUGGGUGGCGAAUCAGCAGCCGUGAAGAUCAUCGAUCCUGAGUUUGCCAUUUUCGGCCCACCGGGCUUGGACGUUGGCUCCCUGCUCUCCACCUAUGCCUUGGCCUACUGUUACCACAGCGCCUUGAAGAGCGCUUGCAAGGAGGAGCUGCUCAGCGCCAUGCAGGUGAUUUGGGAGACCUACCUGGGAGAGAUGAAGGCUGCGGGUAUUGCAGACGACUUGCUGAAGUCUACCGAACAAGAGGCCGUGGCCUUCGCUGGCUGCGAGAUCGCCCGGACGGCCCUGGGCAUGGCCUACGAACGCUCGCUGCGAAUUGAGGACUGCCGGUGCGGGCGAGGAUCUUCGGAUCUGGCACCUGGGUUCUGGGCUCUGGAGCUUUGCAGCCUUUGUGUUUCACUUAAGUGCGACUGCGGGGGUACAGCACGUUAUGACACAGAAGCAUCAGCAGCAACAACAAGAGCAACAACAACAACAACAACAACAACAACAACAACAACAACAACAGGAACAACAACAACAACAACGACGACAACAAGAGCAACAACAACAACAACAACAACAACAACAAGAAGAAGAAGAAGAAUAAAAAGAAGAAGAAGAAGAAGAAGAGCGGCAACAACAGCAACAGCAACAGCAAGGACAGCAGCAGCAACAUCAGCAACCGCUUGA